AUGGCAGAUUGCAAACCAAUGCCAUCACCAAUGAUAUCGGGCUUAAAACUUUCCUCCACAGAUGGCUCUCCCUUCCAUGAUCCCUCCCUAUACAGGUUAGUGGUUGGUGCACUCCAAUAUGUCACAAUAACUCGACCUGAAAUCUCUUAUUGUGUCAACAAAGUUUGCCAAUUUAUGCACAACCCCUUAGAUACUCAUUGGAAAACUGUAAAGAGAAUUCUCAGAUACCUUUCUGGCACUGCAUCUUAUGGUCUUCAAUUCUCUCCUUCGAUUCACUCUCAUCUCGUUGCCUACUGUGAUUCUGACUGGGGCUCAGACCCAGAUGAUCGAAGGUCCACCUCUGGAUACUGCAUCUACCUUGGUGGAAAUUUAAUCUCCCGGUCCUCUAAGAAACAACCAGUGGUUAGCAGAUCAAGCACUGAAGCUGGGUAUAGGUGCAUAGCUUCUACAAUUACAGAACUCACUUGGCUUCGUUCAUUGCUUUCUGAGUAA